UUUAGGCCAUGCUCAGACUGCAGGACGAUUCUUUCUUUCUGACGAGUGGGAGAGGAAUCCUGUUAAAACUCUUUCUUGGUUUCAUUAAUGGGACCUCCACCUCCUCCUGCCCUGCAAAACUGAAGCUAAAAAAACCCUGAGACAGGUGCUGAUGUAUUGUGCUGGUGAUGUCAUUUGAAGCCAAUCUGCCCAGUAGAGCCAUGACCUGCUACUUUCUCUAACCAAGACACUCAUUCAAUUUACAGACAAAACUGCAAAGAGUUUCACACAGUAUGCAGCAGAAAAGAUACAUGAGUUGAAAGUUCAGUGACUCUUGAGUUACUGUUGGUUACAUUUCCUCUCAUCAUUUCACUUCUACUCUGAUAAUCCAGAGCACACAUUCCAGCAUCAGUCUCUUUCAUCGAGAGAGCUGUCAAUCAAACCUCUCUUCCCUUUUUAACAGCAUUCUAUUUCCAAUUAAAAUUAACAUUCUCAGCAGAAAGAAUUUCUGGACAUAAGAGCCAACUAUUAUGACGGAAACCAUGUUUGAGAAAAAUUAACUUGACACAUGUUUUGAUUUUACAGUUUUACUCAUGUCCAUUUUAUUAGUAUGGAGGAGGAGGCGGGCUUUAUGAUCUACACUACUGCCAUUGCCGGGGGAACUCUUAGAUGUUUUGGCCUUGCUUUCUGUGAGCUGUCAUGCCAUCCAUAUUGCUACAGUCUGAAGUUGGUAGGAAAUCAUCAUUGGCCAGAAUUUUAGAUAAUUACACAGCCAAUUUAAAGGACUAAUCUAUGCUCUUCUGAUAACUUUAAACAAACUUGAUAUCCAAAAUUUUAAAUCUGUCUGAUUAUGCGAAAACAAAACAGGGAAGUGAUGAAAAAAGAUGAAAUAAAGGUCUGAAAAUGCCAAAACUUUUAAAGCAUGACUGUGAAAGCCAAUGGGAUAGAGAAUGAGCCUGAGCUACUGAUGUUUUUGAUAAGGAACAGUAAACAUUCUAGCUAUGAGGCUAAAAUUUGCUAGCAUACUUCUCUUCAUAGAGAGAGAGAGAACAUGAACAAUCUGACUCCCAGUUCUUACUAACGAAUUGACAACCCUCACCUCUUUCAAAAAGCUGCUUGCAAAUCAUCAUAGCAGGUUGUAGUCUGUGUCCAUGUUAUUUACGUCUGCUUCACCAUGAGGUCACACAAUGACAUGAGAUGGAUCUUAAUACUACCCUGAAGUGUGUAACUUGCCAUUAUUUUCCAAUCUUGUAGUGUGUGUACAUUUAAGAUAAGAGGGAAGAAAAUCUGUGAAGUUUCUUCUUCACAAGGACGAUUUGAAAACUUCUGUAGUCUGAGCCUGGCCUUGGCAAAGACUGCUCAGUUUCCAGUUCUUGCAUUUCACUUCAUCUAUUAUUUCUUCUCCCCGUCAGUCUGCCUGGAAGGCAUUUGUUCUGGUAACAGAGGGGUUACCUUUAAGGUCUUUUUCUACCUCUAAGAUACUUGAACCAAGACAGGAACAGCCGGAUUCGUCAGCUAAACCUUUGUUAUAUUCUUUCAAAAUGUCAAAUGCUCUGCCAGUUCUGAUAUCACCCCAAAACAAUGUGAACUGAGCACAUUGCUGUGAGGCAAAGCCAGCCCCGGAACCACCACUGUGCGCCACCCUCAUGCCUCCGCUCAGCAGUCGCUUGGAUUUGGGGCAGAAAGAGAGAAAGAGACAUUCAGCUGUGUUACUUGGGCAACAGGAUUUGUUUACAGCUAUUUUAUUUGAGCUCACAGUGUAAUAAUACUCCUCUUGAACAAACUGUUCAAUACAGCCUCCUGUCUGACUGUUCUGUUGUCCUCCCACAUCCAUCCCUCCCACUGGCCAGCACUGAAUGGGGACAUUUUAGCCUGGCAUUUAAAAUCAAGAGGCACAAGAGGGAGUUUGGAAAAAAUAUGGUUGGCCUUUAAAAGAACUUCACUACUUUGCCACCCUGGAAAUCAAGGCCUCUCUCUGUCUUUGUUUAAAGCAUUCAAGCUCAAACAGAAACUUAAAGAAAGGCCUUGUACAAAAACAGAGAUAACAAUGUGAUACGAGGAGCAGCAGCAGCCUGUUUGAUGUAAAAUGAGAGUGCCGGAGCACAAUCAGGCCGUUGUUCUAGAAAGUAGAGUGCUGGUAAGGAGCAUCACAUGUGAGUCAGCUCCUGAGGACUCGACAUGACCUGCUGUCUCUCACCAGGGUUGUGCUAAUCAACUGUGUGUUCAGAGUUUCUGUGUGUACGUGUGUGUGGGUGUUUGUGUCAGUGAAAGAUGAGAAACAGGCUUGAAUAGGGAAGAGAAAGGAGGUGGGUUGGGGGGGAAACUUGGACUAAGGGAGAGAGGGAGGGUGGACUACAAGUUGUAUUGUGAGGAGGCAUUUAAGCAGAGAGGCGAGAGGAGGCAAACAUCUUAAAGACAGCAAAAACAAGAAAUGUGCAGGAGCAGAGUCAGAACUAUUUACAGAUGAAAGAAACCCUGCACUGUGAAAACCCUGGAUUAUUUUCUUACCUGGCUGCUGGACCAAAAAAGGAGGGAACAGAAGCAUCUGGAGAAUCUAGGACACUUACCUGCUGAACUGCAUUAGUGACCAGCCGGUUCAUUUCAAAAUGGAUGGGAUAACUGCUGUUGUCGUGCGUGGCUUUAGAUGUCCUCUGCCAUGGCGAAGCGGGAGGCAGGGAGCACCAGCCCUGUGGUGCGUCAGAUAGACAAACAGUUCCUGGUCUGCAGCAUCUGUCUGGAUCACUACCGCAAUCCCAAGGUCCUUCCCUGUCUGCACACCUUCUGUGAAAGUUGCCUCCAGAACUACAUUCCUCCAGAGUCUCUGACGCUGUCGUGCCCGGUGUGUCGGCAGACGUCCAUUCUGCCCGAGAAAGGCGUGUGUGCCCUGCAGAACAACUUCUUCAUCACUAAUCUAAUGGAGGUCCUUCAACGAGACCCAGAGUGCUCCCGGCCUGAGGCCUGCAGCGUCCUGGAGUCAGUCAGCGCCGCAGUCGCAGGGAAACCCCUCUGCUGCCCGAACCACGACGGAAAAGUGAUGGAGUUCUACUGCGAGUCGUGUGAGACGGCCAUGUGUUUGGACUGCACAGAGGGGGAGCACCGGGAGCAUGUGACCGUUCCUCUGCGGGACGUCGUAGAACAGCACAAAGCUGCUCUGAAGACACAGCUGGAUGCCAUUCACAGCAGGCUCCCUCAGCUAACAGCAGCUAUUGAUCUGGUGAGUGAGAUCUCUCGGCAGCUGAAUGAAAGGAAGGCGGAGGCAGUUGCAGAGAUCACCUGUACGUUUGAAGAGCUAGAGAGGGCGCUGCAUCAGCGUAAGACGGCCCUCAUCACAGACCUGGAGAACAUCUGCAGCGCCAAACAGAAGGUCCUGCAGGCCCAGCUCUCAUCUCUCCUGCAGGGAAAAGAACAUAUCCAGAGCAGCUGCAGCUUUACAGAGCAGGCUCUCAGCCACGGGAGUGCCACAGAGGUGCUGCUGGUUCAGAAGCAGAUGAGUGAGCGGGUAACGGCGCUGGCAAGACAUGACUUCCCAGAGAGACCGCAUCAGAACGCACACCUGGACUGUCAGGUGGAGACUGAGGGUCUGCGACGCUCCAUCCAGAACCUGGGUGUUCUCCUCACCACAGCCGCUGUGGCUCACACCUCCGUCGCCACAGGAGAGGGCCUCCGCCACGCAGCGACUGGGCAGCACCACACAAUUACUGUGACAACAAAAGACAAAGAUGGGGAUUUGGUACGGACAGGAAACGCUGUUUUAAAAGCAGAGAUAACGUCUGCAGACGGGAGCCGCGCUGCAGAGACAGAGAUAACGGACAACAAGAACGGCACGUAUGAGGUGGGCUACACGUUACGCUCUGAAGGAGAGUACUCCUUCUCUCUGAUGCUGUACGGCCAGCCGGUACGCGGCAGCCCGUUCCGCCUGCGCGCAGUCAAACCCUCAGAUGUGCCACAAUCUCCAGAUGAUGUGAAGAGGAGGGUGAAGUCCCCCAGUGGGACCGGGGGCCACAUACGGCAGAAAGCGGUGCGACGACCUUCCAGUAUGUACAGCACCACCAAGAAGAAAGAGAACCCCAUAGAGGACGAGCUCAUCUACAGGAUGGGUACACGGGGCAGAGAAAAGGGGGAGUUCACAAACCUGCAGGGAAUCUCAGCUACGAGUAACGGCAGAGUGGUCGUGGCUGACAGCAACAACCAGUGCAUACAGAUUUUCUCCAACGAUGGCCAGUUCAAGAUGCGUUUUGGAGUCAGAGGUCGUUCUCCAGGGCAGCUGCAAAGACCAACAGGUGUCACUGUGGACAUGAAUGGUGAUAUUGUGGUGGCCGACUAUGACAAUCGGUGGGUCAGCAUCUUCUCCUCUGAUGGGAAGUUUAAGAAUAAAAUCGGAGCAGGCCGCCUCAUGGGUCCUAAAGGUGUGGCCGUGGACAAGAACGGACACAUCAUCAUUGUGGACAACAAGGCCUGCUGUGUCUUCAUCUUUCAAUCCAACGGGAAGUUGGUGACUAAGUUUGGAGGCAGGGGGACGUCUGACAGACAGUUUGCAGAAAAACUUGGCCCAAACUUUAAUAAAUCUGGCUCAGUUUUCAGUCCGCACUUUGUCGCAGUGAACAACAAGAAUGAAAUCAUUGUGACAGAUUUCCACAAUCACUCUGUAAAGGUGUACAGUGCAGAUGGAGAGUUCCUGUUUAAAUUUGGCUCUCAUGGCGAAGGCAACGGACAGUUCAACGCUCCCACGGGUGUGGCUGUGGACGCAAACGGAAACAUCAUCGUAGCUGACUGGGGAAACAGCAGAAUACAGGUGUUCGACAGCACAGGCUCCUUCUUAUCUUACAUCAACACAUCAGCAGAUCCUCUGUACGGCCCUCAGGGCCUCGCCCUCACCUCAGACGGAAACGUUGCUGUUGCUGACUCCGGCAACCAUUGCUUUAAGGUUUACAGAUACCUGCAGUAGGCUGAAGACGACAUCACUGACACACAGCUCCUGAUUAUACAGGUUUGAAUCACUUAUUGCUUGUGGACAUAGAGCUGCAACAUGCCUGCACAUUAACCGUGACCCCGGGUUUCAUGAAUGCAUUUCCAAAAAAUUGCUUUGAUGGUUUUGAUAGGUGUGUUUUAGAGCACUGUGAAGUCUGAAGCAAAUUCCUAUCUGGUAAACUAAAAUUCUAUCCUGAAAGUCAUGAGGAAUUAAAUUCUUAUAAAAGAAUAAGUCAUUAAUAUAUCAGUUUCCUCUCUAAGAGAAAAACACCAAGAGACUGUCCUGAUAAAGGAUUUCUUAAAAAGAAUAAAUUCACUCAAAUUAUAUCUGCCUCAUAAGUCUUGGCCUGUCUUUGCAGAAUGUUUAUACUGAGUGUUAUAAACCAAGUCCCUUAAGGGAUAACAUGAACUGGAAAUGAACUCCUGAAACCGGGUGUUUCGGCUCUAUAUCUCACAUGUUGGACCUCACCAGUGCAUAGCCUUCUAGUCUGAAGUCGGUGCAAUUUUUUUGGGGUGCAAUGCAGAUGAGCAAUCCUCCCAUUAACCAGCAAACAAAGCGACACACCGAAGCAGAAGCCUACUUCCUGUUUCCUGUCGAGAAGACCAUGCUUUGUGAUUGAAAAAUGCUCAGGCGUCUCCUUGAACACUGUUGCAUGCCUCCUAAAAAAUAUGUCACUGCCUUCGAUUCCUCAGCAGUAAACACAACAUGCAGACAGGAAUGUGUUGUUUAGAGAAAUUAUUUCUUACUCUCUUUCUGCACCUUAUUACUCCGACACGAUACCUGCACACGGAUAUGAAUUUGUUUUCAGUUUUAGUUUGACUUGUAUGCAAAGUUUCUGUUUCAAUACCCAAAGACAAGCAUCAAAAAGCACAACAGCAAAUUGAACAACACGGUCUUUGAACGCAUCAUAACCAGCUCCCUUUGGCUCGUCUUUCUCUUAUAUCAACCAAAACAAGCCCCCACGAGUUCUUGCACUUUUAUGUAUCAUAUCUACAACCUGUUGUAGUUGUACAUAUACAUAUUUAGGUGUAUAUAUGGAUUUGGUGUCCAUGUUAUUUCACUAUAUAACCAACUUAUCAAGGAUUUCAACACUGGAAUAUAUACUCUUACAUUAGACGGUCAUGACAAGUAGCAGCCAACCAGAAUAACAUCAAUGGAACAAAAGUUGUAUGCGCAUUAUUUGCUGUGUUUUUAUUUUUUCAAAGGACUUAAUUUAUUUUUUAUUUUAUUUUCUACAUAAUUUGUUCUACAAAUUAUUUUUCUAAUUGGUGCAUUUUUGCCAAACAUUAUUGUACAUAGGCCUUGUGACUUGUAGCACUGAAAGCUGUUCUCUCUUUACCCGCCCCCAAAGCUCACAUCUGGUUUAAAACAGUAACUUUUUUUCCUUCUGCCAAAAACCGUAUCGUUGUAAGUUGAUGUUGAACAUUGCACAAAAACACAAAUAUUCUAAGAGUUAUAUUGUUUGCAAGAGUAAUAUAUGCCUCUGUGUAUAGUUAUCAUUUAACAUAAUCAGAAAGUGUACUGUAUAAUACAAUCAUAUCCUUGUUGUAGCUGACGAGCACCUUUAUCAUGAGAGGGUUUUCUAUUCAUUUUCUUUGUAGUUCAGUGUUUGGAAGGUUUUCUGAGGAGGAACACAACACCAGCUAACAUGCAGUGACACACUUUGUCACCAUGAUUAAAUUACCAUUCUGACAAUUAAUCUUUAAUCCAUUUUUGUCCUCCUCAUCUACCUUUAGUUCUUAUGGGAAACUCUGUAAUGACAAACUAGGUUCUCUUUUCCCACCCACUCAGUGUGACUGUUUUUGUCUAUUUGACUUGAACGUGACCUCCUCAUGUCUGUGUGGAACAAAGGAAGCACAUAUAAAUGAAACACUACAUCAAUCAUCAUGUGUAGCCUGCUGUAUACUGCAAGAGGCCAGUUUAACAAACCUAAUUACUGCAUUUAUGUAAUCAUGGCAAAGGUAUAAUUGUACAUAUUAAAGAAUGACACUAUGAACUGA